AAGAAUGGCACAUACCUGAGGAGCAUCAUCACUAUGAAUCAGUCACAGGAGAGGAACAUAUCCUCGUUGCUUUGCUUCAGCUUCAAUCCAUUGGGAUCAGACAGCAAACAGCUUUUUAUCAGAUCCUCUCAGAUUUCAGGAGAUACACAAGUGCCUCCAAAGAUCCUGCCAUUCUCUAGUUGCACCAAAACUGCAAAUCACAUCAACUGCUCCUGUGAAACCAUUGGAAACCCUCCCAUUUUGCUGUGGAUUUUUAAUGGGAAACCUGUCAACCAAUCUGGGAAGGAUUUUGUUAUUAGUGCUAUCAGUGACUCUAAGAACAACACAUAUCUGAGGAGCAUCAUCACUUUGAAUGAAUCACAGACGAGAAACAUGUCAUCUUUGCUCUGCUUAAGCUUCAAUUCAUUGGGAUCAGACAGUAAACAGCUUUUUAUCAGACCGCUCCAGAAUGCAGCAGAACUGCAAGAUAAAAAGCAGACGCCUUUGCUCAUCGGCACAACUGUCAUCUUACUAGUUCUAGUAUGUGUGUUGCUGUUUGUUAUCAGGUUUCAGAAGUCUCACCGUUUCUGGGAAAUUAAAACACUUGAAAGAAAAAGAACAAAGGUACAAAACACAGCUGAAGACAUUGAUUCCAGCACAAUUGAGCUGAAAGAUAAAGGAAUUGCCCAUUCAGGUUAUGGUGGAGCUGAAUAAAGAUGUUAGUUUAAUGAUUUAUUUUUGCUUUUACUAAACACAUUAAUGAUGUGAAAUGAUGUAGUUUCCAUAACACCUUUGCUGAUAAAGUGGUUUGAUUUGAUUUUUGUAAUAGUGUUUAUACAAUAAUAUUUCUGCUUAAAGGAUUUGAGAAUUCUUUUUCAUACACUUGUUCUUAAAG